GUCGUAUUUCACGAUCGAGUCACGGUUAAUACAAAGUGCUCUUCAGGACUGUGGGGACAUUUUGAAAAAGCCAGUUUCCACUAUGUCAGUGCCAAGUUUUAAGAAAAUCAUUUCCAACCCCAGCUUGACUAGGCUAGGAGGCGUUCCCAGCUAUGCCAUGUUGCCAUCAGCCAGCAUGGCGGACUUUGAUGCUGUUCCACCACGUCAGCAGCUUUAUGCAGCUGAUGCAGCUACCACAGUGGAAUUCCGCUGCUGUCUAGACAUUGAAUCUCAACCUCAUGAUCGAAGGCUUUCAGGGGUUAUCUGCACAAUUGGUCCAGCAUCAGCACAAAUAGAGACAUUGGUUGAGAUGAUGCGUGCAGGCAUGAACAUUGCACGCCUGAAUUUCUCACAUGGGUCACAUGAAUAUCAUGCAGCAACCAUCAAGAACAUUCGAGAAGCAAAUACCAUCUAUAAUGAACGCAUAGGGAGGCCGAUCCCCAUUGCGAUUGCCUUGGACACCAAAGGCCCUGAGAUCCGUACAGGUCUCCUUGAAGGAGGUGCAUCUGCAGAGGUGGAGAUGGUAAAGGGGGCACAAGUUCGCAUCUCAACUGAUGCUCAGUACAUGGAGAAGUGCUCUGAGAAGAUUAUCUAUACUGACUAUGGUAACAUCACAAAAGUAGUGAAGGAGGGCUCGAAGGUCUACAUCGAUGAUGGCCUCAUCUCUCUCAUUGUCCAAAAUAUUGGAAAUAACUUCUUGGACUGUGAGGUGGAGAAUGGAGGUAUGUUAGGUAGCAAGAAAGGAGUGAAUCUACCUGGUUCUCCUGUCGAUCUUCCUGCCGUGUCAGAGAAGGAUCGAUCUGAUCUCACCUUUGGUGUGGAGCAGGGAGUGGAUAUCAUCUUUGCUUCCUUCAUUCGUGAGGCUGCUGGUGUCCAUGAAAUCAAGGAUAUCCUGGCCAACUCAGGGCAGAAUGGGAAAAACAUCCUUGUGGUCAGUAAGAUAGAGAAUCAGCAAGGGGUGAAGAAUGUGGAUGAGAUCAUUGAAGCUUCUGAUGGGAUCAUGGUGGCCCGAGGAGACCUGGGAAUUGAGAUCCCACCUGAGAAAGUCUUUGUGGCUCAGAAAAAUCUCAUUGCCAAGUGCAAUAUCAUGGGGAAGCCAGUGAUUUGUGCAACACAGAUGCUGGAGUCCAUGGUGAAGAAACCUCGUCCGACAAGAGCUGAAGUGUCAGAUGUGGCCAAUGCAAUCCUGGAUGGGGCUGACUGUGUCAUGCUUAGUGGGGAAACAGCCAAAGGAGACUAUCCUGUGCCCUGUGUCCAAACCAUGGUGAACAUCUGCCGGGAGGCAGAAGCCACCAUAUGGCACAAGCAGAACUUUGUUGAACUCUCCAACUAUGUUCCAUCUCCAAUCGAUGCAACUCACUCGAUUGCUAUAGCAUCAGUGAAGGCAUCAUACAACUGCCUGGCGGCAGCAAUCAUCAUAAUCACCACAACAGGACGCACUGCAUUCCUCGUAUCCAAGUAUCGACCACGAUGCCCCAUCAUUGCUGUGACGCGACAUGAACAGACGGCACGGCAGUGUCACCUCUGGAGGGGGAUUGUCCCCAUCUGGUAUAAAGUUGAUCGAAUGGAUGACUGGAUCAUGGAUGUGGACAAGCGAGUGCAACACGGAAUUGACUUUGGCCGUGCUGAUGGAUUCAUCAAUAAGGGAGAUCCUGUGGUUGUCAUCACCGGAUGGAGGAAGGGAGCUGGGUUCACCAAUACCAUGCGUAUCCUGUAUGUUGACAAGGAGAUCUUCUUCUGAGGAGUUGUGAUCAUCCCCCCCUGCUUAUUGGUUCCUCAUCCUUGCCUUUAUUAAUUUUUUUUCCUUUGCAUGUCUCUUCAUUCUAUCUUCUAUCAUUCUGUGUUUCUCUAUUUGGGCUUGAAGCCUUGGACCAGCCUAUCCUCUCUGAUGGUCAAUAUCAAGUGAAUUUCUUGCAUAAAACAUAUUCAUUCAUGUAGCUGGCUUUAACUCUCUCCUCUUCUUCUCUCUGUCUCAAGAGCUUUUCCUUUUUCUUAUUUAAGUAUUUCAUUAAUAUGAGAUGUUCACUCAGGUCAAAUCUCUACAUGAUAUAUAUGUACCAUACUCUACUUCAGGGCAUAUCCUUCAAUUGUAGCUAAACUAGAUCUGUUGUACUGAUUGACAGCCUCUGAAAGAAGAACAAAGGAUAGCUUAAAACCACAAGUUGUGACUGCAAUCUCAAAAUUGUGAUUCAUGUCUCAGUCAAAGUUCAACUUCACCCCCAAGUAUUUUUUUAAUGCCUUGUUUCCCUUGUGAUGGUAUUGAUUUCAUUACAACAGUAUGUCUUGGUAUGAGUUUAACAGUAUUGGAGAGUUGCCAUUUCCCAAUGCCAGUUGUUUGGAUGGAGGCAAAAGAGAAGAUGGAGAGGAAGGGAUUGGUUUACUCCAAAUGCCAAUAAAGUCUGCAAUUGUGGGAAUUGUGUGUAGGCUUGUCCUUUCUCCCCCAAAUUCACUUCCUCUCUUGGGCUUGGGGGCUUCUGCUUGCACUAACUAUCACCACAUGGCAUGGCAAGAAAAGAAGGGGGGGAGAGAUUUUUGAGUGGUAAUUGAUGAAUGGCUUGAGAGCUCAUGAUUGAACAUUGCAGUUUUGUGGACGACAGGAGUGCAUUGGGAUUGUUGGAUCCCCAUGGAUCAGGUGAAGGUCAUCCUAUUAACCUGUUGGUCCCAGGUCAGUUUUUCCCUCUCCCAUUCCCCAUCCCACUGGGCUUUGUCUCUUUAGUUGCUUAUAUCCUGCAUUUGUCUGCCUGCUGGUCAUUAUUGCUUUCUUGUUUCCUUAUUCUUCUUUUUGAUGGGCAUCUGUGCUUAGCAAUCUAUUAGAUGUAGAACUUUGGAUAUAUGUAGGUUCAUAGGGGAUGUCAAUCCUCGUGUGGGCAUUCACAUUCCAUGAAGAGUCGUCCCUUCUCGUCACCCAGUCUCAACAGUGCCUCCAGCCCCAGUAAUUCCUCUGCAUGAUCUCGAUGCCACUCUUCUACUGUUUGUCCUUUUCGCAAGCGACUUUAUGGAGGAGUAUUAUCCUCUGUCACUGUGAUGGUUCAGUGUGUCCUCUCUCUCAGUUGAGUAGAUUUUGCAUCAUUUCCUCAGUUUGCUAUUUCUUUUGAUUUGACCCUGCAGGUUGGUGUCUGUUGUGACAGCUAGAAUACCCCUGACAGGCAUUUCUUGUUAUAAUGUUGGCAAGUGUUGAUCAUGCAGCUGAUGCUUCCCUUGCUCUGUCUCCCUCUAGCAUUCUUUUAACCGGAAAACGUCCAUACAGGCAACACAUCACUCAUUCAUCUCUUCCUCACUUACCUCCAAACUGUAUUUCAAGUCGUAGUGAUUUUUUAAAGUCGACUUUUCCCUGUGAACCCAGAGUUCAAUAUCCACUGUGAAUAAAGGAGGAUUACAUA